GUAGAAUGCUAGGCUUCUGACUGGUGACAUUAGAAGCCUUGGAGCGUCAUUGGGCCCCCUUUCAGUCUGAGGUGGCUCUCCAUCCUCACUACCUGAGGUCAGUACCUAUCACCACCCACCCUCCUCCUGCCACUCUGACCCAACGGUGGCUUUCCAUUACCUCACUGCUCAUCCUACCUGUGGGCGCACCAUCAGAGGGGAACGAGGACUGGUUGAAGUGCUCAGAGAUCACUCUUUCACUUUUAUCCCAUGGAAAACUUGGGAGAAGUCAAGGCCAAAGUUGUUUUUAUUCUUAGUCCUGAGUCCCAUGACUGCCCCAGUGGCCUGCCUCUGGUCUUGAUGACAUAUCAGUGUAGUUUCUGGCUCCUCUCUCUGCCAGGUGGUCUUGCCUCUGGACCUAAUUCCUAGAGAUAUAGUGAGGCGUUUCCCAGAAGCCUAACAGCAGAAGGUUGAGGGAGGAACUGAGAGGAGCAGAAAUGUGAACUAGACAUCUAGAGAAAAAGAAGAGGAUGUGACUUUUGACAUCAUAAAUUAGGAAUAUGAGUCUGAUUUUUUUAUGUUCCUGAUGCAUCCUCCAAGUCCAGUCCAUCUCCCCAUCCUCCCUGGCUAUUAUCACCAGGUGUCACUCUCCUGAUCAGAAAUCACAAACCUCAGAGCUGUUGCACACACUUGAUACAUGCAUAUAUUGUAGGAUGGAUCUGAUCUGCCUUGCACAACACUGAGAAUAAAUACUGCUUUAGAUUUUGCUAACCCUGGUCCUGGCCCUGCCACAACCCCAGCUCCCUUUAUUCCAUCAGAGAUCGGAAUGAUAUUUAUGUAGCUCUCCAAGCUGCUAGAGCCUAUGUUGGGCCACUGCUUCACCAGGAAGUGCCUUCCCCUCCUCCUAGGGCCAGCUUUCAGCUUAUGUUAGGCUUGACUGUAAGAUUUUCUGCAAACGAGAGGAAAGUACUCUUGGUGUACUUCCUGUGACGUGGCACAUGGGGGUAGACACAGCUGAACUGGGCUUUGCAGCUCCGAGGAAGGAGCUUCUAAAAAGGAAGACUCUUCAGGACUUCUUGGGAGCCAGAACAAAAGUGAAAGUGAAACGGGUGCUGGGCAGUACUUUCCCAGAAGGAGUUCACUGCAUCCUGCCCUUCUCAGAACCACUCCUGACAGUGGAGAGAGCAUCACCUUCCUUUGUGACUAGAGAGGAAGAAGUCACAGAUAUAUAGAACCUGAGCUUGCCAGCUCCUCAUGUACAUCACGACCAUGGGACAGAACUGGAUACCAGACUCCAGUUCUUUGUGGGUACUGCUUCUGUAUCUCCACAUCGUCACUCUUUUGGCUGGGGCCACACCUGUUCCUCAGACUAUUGCAGCUGCUACUGCCUCAGCUGGGAUCUCCAAGGACCCUAGCCCCUCUUGGUCUCCAACACUUCCACCAGCUAAGAGGUGCCCAGCAUUGGAGGUGACCUGGCCAGAAGUGGAAGUGCCACUGAAUGGAACGCUGACCUUGUCCUGUACUGCCUGCAGCCACUUCCCCGACUUCAACAUCCUAUACUGGUUGGGCAAUGGUUCCUUCAUUGAGCACCUCCCAGGCCGGCUGAGAGAGGGCAGCACCAGUCGAGAGCCUGGAAUUAAAAGCACUCGACUGUGGAGAUCCUUGGUGCUAGAGGAAUUGAGCCCUGCCCUGCGAAACACCAUCUUCUCCUGUGUGUUUAUGGACCCUGGGCAGGUUGCCCAGCAUCAUAUCAUCCUGGCACAGCUCUGGGUGAGGAACCCAAGGGAGGCUUCCAGAGACAUGUCGAGCUCCACUUCUGUGUGGGGAAGAAAGGAAGGGAAGGCCCGUCAGAGAAGCCUCCAAGUUAAUGCCCCCAUUUUCCCUAAGGCUGGGCCGAGGGUGGUCCUGCCUGGCUCUCAAGAAGCCCUGCCUUCCAGCCAGAGCCCAGGUCCCCAGCUGCCCACAUCAGCAGGGUCAAGAGUGAGCACAGGGCCAAGAAUAGCACCACCGUGAGCAGAGCCUGGACACUUCCCACCUGGAGGGUGAAGUCUUGGCUGCAGGCUGUGGGCGAGCAAGCGGCUCCUCUUCUCAGAUUCAAACGUCCUUCCCACCCACCUAGAAAAUCCCAGUGACCUCCCCUUAAGGCUCCCUCCUCCAGCUUGCCCUUCUCUUCACCUGUCUCAUUGGCUUUUCUAUGUCCUACUCAUCACACAUAUCUCCUGCUCAGAAACCUUCAAGACCUGUCCAGCACCUUAGCCCAAGACUCACAUGUCCUGCCUGAGCACCCUUCCUUGUUUCUAAGAUGGCUCCCACUCAUGUGCCUUUGCGUCCUUGGUCCUGUCUUCCUUGCUAUUCCAACAGGUGACCCUGGGAGACUGGUUGAAAUGCCGCCUCUUCAGUGAUGGCCACACACAGCUCUGGCCACAUGUGGCAUUGAUUUCAUGUUGCCUACAUGUAUAUAUUAUUUUUUCACCUUAAUGAACUAUCCCAGGGAAGGGGACAAUGGCUGCUUCUGAUCCCCAGUCAUCCCCAGCAGGACUCACAAUAAAUCCUCAUAAAGGAUUAUUCAAUGGA